AUGGUCAGCUACUAUGAUGAGCUAGAGAUAGAGGACUUUGCCUGGGAUGCGGUAGCACGCGUCUAUCACUAUCCCUGCCCAUGCGGCGACCGGUUCGAAAUCACCAAGUCGCAGCUGCGCAACGGCGAGGAGAUUGCUACCUGUCCGAGCUGCAGCUUGAUUGUACGGGUCAUCUAUGACUAUCUUGACUAUGAGGACUAUGCUACAACCGACGAUGAGGCUACC